ACAGAAACGUAAGGCUGAAAGCAUGGAAAGGCUUACGUCCUGGUCCUUCUGGAAUCGACGACAAACCACCACAUGAAGUAAAGAAUAUUUUAACACCAGUUAUUCUCCAGGCGGACAAAGAUAUUAAGGCGUGGCUUUGUUAUCCUUCGGUGGACGUUCUCCAAGGAGAAAUAAUGACACCAAACUCACCGUAUGACUGCAAAAUGAAAUUAAGGACUGGUAUGCUACUUAGAAUAAAGUUUUACUAAAUGUUAUUUAUUUAAACUCACUUGGUGAAUUGGUGGAGAUUCUAAAAUAUAGAAUAACCGAAUAAGGCGCGUCUCAAUAUCAAACUUUUCAUCUUCGCACUCUAGCUAUGCCAAUGCAGUGAAUAAACUGAUAUUUGCGAGCAAAUAAUAAAUGUGCCCCAAACCGAAAAAUUUCAAUGCCUGAUUGAAAAGAACAUCGAACAUGUACUCCGUUUCGAUUUUUUUAUUUAUUUCAGUUUUUUAUAUGCAAAUUACCUUACGCUAUGUCUCACGUGCAUAAUGACUUACCAAACUUGGAUCAUUGGUAGAGAAGUGUUUUCAAUUUGUAUAGUAAUAAUACUAGAAAAUUAAUACAUGCAUGCAGGAACUCCUCGCCCAUUUCAUAACAAAACAGCCAUAAUCCCAGAACACUGUUUCUAACACAAUGUUCCAUUGUGAUUGCCAUGGUCACAUGAAAAUCGUAUAGUUUUGUACGAAAAAAAUAAAUAAUAUCUUUUAAUUUAACUACGUACAGAAUCAUGGAUGGUCAACUUCUGUAAUGAAGUAUCGUGUUAUUUAACAUUCAGUAAGCUUAAUUUUAAUGCAAAUUUUUUAUUAUUUUACGAGGUGGAAAGUAGACUAAAACCCAAUUUUUAAUUUUAUUCCCUUACCUCAGUUGCAUAUUUGUGGAAGAUUCCAGCAUCCUAUAAGCACGCCUAAAAACAUAAAACACUGCCUCAAUUGCUGAAGUCCUUAUAUAAUCUUUGCUGGAAUGAACAAUUCAAAGUCACAUUAAUUAUUUUGAUCACUGUAUAUUAAGAUUUUUACAUUAUCAAAUCACAGAAAAGUAAAAAAACUUAUUCUAAUAGGCUUAAGAAUGACUUACAGAUUUCUUGUGAAAUUUACUAGGAAUGUAUGAGCAAAAUCUACGCUGAUGUAUAGCGAACACAUGCAAUAUGCAAUUUUAUUACUUAAGGGGGAAGCGCAAAGGCUUUUGGAAAUGAACGAAUAGAACUUACUUGGUAUGCCAACAAGAAAUCAUUAUUAUUUCAAGGCAUACAGGGGAAUAAACUAAAAGAAUCCAUGAUUAACUUCUGCAAGAACAAUGAUAUGGCGCUAGAUGCCAAUCCUAAUGAUAAGCCUGAAGCUGUUUCAUCAAGUAAUAACAACAUCUCUACAAAUAAUAUUCAUAGUGAAAGAUCCGUAUUGCAUCCCCCUAACACAGUGCAAGUCUCUCGAAUUCAAAAUCAGAGCACGGAAUGCCUAAAGUGCUGUCAUUUAGCGGCGGAGAUGGCUGAAACGAUGCAAAAGGUAGAUGGAUUAUCUAUAAUGAUGAACAAAGUCUACCAGUGUGUGUCGAGUUUACUGACGAAAAACAAUGUUACUGCUGUAAGUGGGAGGGAAAAUAUACGCGAUUCCAGCACACAAGUUGACCUAAUUUCUGCGAUCGGUAAUAAUUGUUGCGGGUUUGAAUCAUAUCGCAGCGAAUUUUCUACCGACCUUGAGGGUGUUAAAUUGGAUACGGUGAUCAUGGAAUCAAAAUUGUCGACUGAAAUACAUUCUAAUACUCAAGCGAUCACCGGAAUUCACAGCGAAUUAAAAAAAAUUCAAAAUGAUCACCGAAUUUGCAUUAAUUAA